UUCAUACAAUAGCUAUUUUAUUUUAACCAAUAAACCUGAUUAUUGUUGAUACAUUUAUCUGUGUGAAAUAAUAAAAGUUUGCAUUAUUUUUUUUGUUAUUUGCAAUAACUAAGGAAUUAAAUUGUCUAUUUGACUUUAAAAUGCUAUUCUACUCAUUUUUUAAAACACUUGUGGGAUAUGAAGUUGUAGUUGAACUAAAAAAUGACAUGUGUGUCACUGGAAUUUUGCAUUCCGUUGAUCAAUUUUUAAAUAUCAAACUUACACAAAUCUGUGUAAGUGAUUCAGAAAAGUACCCAUACAUGAACUAUGUAUCAGAAACUUUCAUCAGAGGUUCAGUUGUUAGAUAUGUACAACUUCCAGCUAAUUAUGUUGAUACACAAUUGUUACAAGAUGCUGCUCGCAAGGAAACUACUAUUCGAUAAAUUUUCAACAUUGAAUUUGUCAUUAGAAUUUUGUUUGUAAAGAGUUAAAAGUGUUUUGAUUUAAUUUAACAUAACUCUGUAAGAAUCGCUUAAGUAUUAUUCAUAUAAUUUAAGUUACAGAAAUUCUUAUACCUACCCUACAAAAUAUAUUAAUGCAUUUUAACUUA